AUGAUUCACAUAUUUUCAAUUUGGUUAUCAUUAUUGAUAGUUCAAUCAAUCAAUAUCAUCAUUACAACAAGUAUACGUUGUAAUGAAGAUAUCGAUGGAUCUUUUCAAGUAAUUGAAAAUUGUCGAGCAUGUGUUAUUUUUAUUGCUCCUACAACUUUACCUGCAACUAGUCCAACAACAACAACAACAAAAACGACAAUUUUAUCAAAAGAAAUAUUUACAUCAUAUGCUGAACCAUCAUUAGAAGAAUUAUUUUUAUUUGGUGAAGCAAAACAUCAUCGUUAUCGUCAUCGUCGUCGACGUAAUGUUGAUACUGUAAUUCAUCAACAAUGUGCUCGAGAAUUAGAUGGUCCAUUAUAUGGUUAUGAUCAAACACAUUGUUAUUGUAAUUCUAAUCAAUGUAAUUCAAAUAUUCAACGAUGUAUUUAUGAAGUAACAUCAAAACGUCAUUUUGCAUGUUAUCAUGGUUCUAAUUCCAGUCUAUAUUCGCUUGAAAUUCGUCAUAAGUGUCGUAGUUGUCGUAUACAUAUUGAAUUUAAUUCGAUAUAUGAUUAUGAAUGUUUAACCUUUGGUGAACGUGAACAAAAUAAUCGAACUUAUUGUACAUGUCAACGACCAAUGUGUAAUCAAGAUGUAUCAACAUGUCAACGAUUUCAACAAGCACCAUCUCAACCACGAUUGAACUUAGGUCUUGAUACUCUUUUAAAUUCAACUCUAUCAACAACAACAAUAUACACUAACACCUCUACUACAAUAAUAUCUAUCACAACAACAACGCUACCAACUACAAUAAUAAUAACAACGACUACUACUACUACUACUAUUACAAGUAGUAUUGUUAUGACAACCAUUGAUACUACUAGUAGUACUACUGAGUCAACUCCAAGUUCAACUACUACUACUACUACUACGACUAUCCCGACUACCACUACUACUCCUAUAACCGCAACCUCAACGAUUGUAAUUACAACAUUGUUCGUUACUACAACACCAAUUAUAACUACAUUACCAGCUGUAAUCGAAACUGAAGAAGAAAUUUCAAUUGAAAAUUCUACAAUAAUUGAAUUAACAACUACAAAUGAAAUAACAACAUCACUUAAUGAAGUACAACACCUUAAAACAGUGUAUAUUGAAGUCAAAAAUCAUGCAAAUUAUUUAUCAUCAAAUUUUCUGUUAAUUUGUACUUUAUUUCAAACAUUUUUUUUCUUUUUAUUUAUUCGAUGCGAUCACUAA